AUCCAACAAAUAAAUAACAAAACACCAGCAGUCGAACCGGCACUGGCUAUUAUAUCUAUCUGAUUUCGCACCGAACCAAGCUCCUCAAAACUUUUAUGGCGAAUUGGGAGUUCUACUUUCGAUAUCACGUGACGUAUUUUUUCUGGCUCUUCGCUGUUCGUCGGCGCCGAGUUCGGGGUUUCCCUGGUCGAGGCCGGGAAUAAUUACUCAGAAUUGGUUGAUUCUCUUUUGGACUUUGCUGCCGCGUUUUGCUUGUUUGAGAGCGUGUGGGAUUGCUGCUGUUUGUUUUUUGUCUUUCAAAGUAAGAGAAAGAGAAAGAGAAAGCGGACGCGAGUCUCGUUGACUUUUAUAUAUUUGGAGAAGAUUCACGAAAUUCAAAACGGCUGCUGCUGCUGUACAUACACGUCAAUUAACGCAUAAUGGAUUUGGCUACGAUUUCUGCCGCAGUUGCCGGGGCCGUAGGCAGUCGAGUUGCUUUCCAUCCACUCGACACGAUCAGGACAUUACAGCAGACAUCGCUCGCCUCGGGUUAUAAGCUACCCUUUGCGCAGUACUGGCGUGGUCUACCUGCCGCCGUGGGCUUCACCACCCCAGCCUUCACAAUCUAUCUCGUCUCCUAUCGCCAGGCAAAGCAGCAACUAGCACCGUACCUGGGAAACGACAGUACUGUGAAUCAUGUAGUCAGUGGGUCGAUCGCGGAGUUGUCUAGUAGCCUGCUGUGGACGCCUAUGGAGGUUGUGAAGGGGAAUAUGCAGGUGAAGCAGGCGGGUACUGGUGGGACAUUUGACAUGAUGCGACAUAUGUACAAGACUCAGGGCAUGAAGGGGUUUUACAGAGGCUACUGGAUGGGUCUCGCUGUUUUCACACCUCAUUCGAUCGUCUGGUGGGUCUCAUAUGAAAAAAUGAAAAUACUCCUGCGCAACCGGAAUAUCAGCACCAAACGUGAAUCCGUCGACCUCACCGCCGAGCAAUACGCGUACGCCUCAGUAGUCUCCGGCGUCGCCGCCGGGACCGUAUCGAAUUUCCUCGACGUCGUCAAGACGCGGCAGCAACUCGCCAUAUCCGAGGAAGUCGCGCGGCUCCGACCAGAUGACCAAAUGGGACUGCUGAAGGUUGCGCGGAAUCUGAUUGCCGAGGCGGGGUUUUUUCGGGCAAUGUUUAAGGGGUUACAUGUGAGAUUGAUGUACAGUUUGCCGUCUGGAGUUUUGAGUAUGGUUAUUGUUGAACUUUUGAGACCGGAGGAUCGCGUUGAGGACAAGAAGGUUUUGGAAUCAUGAUUGAGCUAUGGAGAUGAUCCGCCAGGAUGUACGAUUUACGAGAUACGAUAUUAUCGCGCUGAGGUUAUGAGUUCUGCUAUAUGUAUAGAGCUGGACAGUUUCUCUGUAUCUGUCCUAAUUUGUAAAUAGAUGUAUAGACAGCUGUAAAUAAAGCACUGAAUGAGACGAAAGUAGUCAGUUGA